UCCAGGCCCAAACAAAUAGACCCUUUAUAACCUUCCAAUAAUAAAAAACCCUAAUCUUCUUUCUUUUCACUCUCCAUAGCAGCCCUAGCCAUCCAGAACAACAACAAUGGGUGCUUACACUUAUGUGUCGGAGCUAUGGAGGAAGAAGCAGUCGGAUGUCAUGAGGUUUAUGCAGAGAGUCAGGUGUUGGGAGUAUCGUCAGCUUCCUUCCAUUGUUCGGGUCACUCAUCCUACCCGACCCGAUAAGGCCCGUCGUAUGGGCUAUAAAGCCAAACAAGGUUAUGUAAUCUAUCGAGUACGUGUGAGGCGUGGUGGGCGUAAGAGACCCGUUCCCAAGGGUAUUGUGUACGGAAAGCCCACAAACCAGGGUGUCACGCAACUGAAAUUCCAGCGCAGCAAGAGAUCUGUUGCUGAAGAACGCGCUGGCAGGAAGUUGGGUGGUCUUAAGGUUCUUAACUCUUAUUGGCUCAAUGAGGACUCGACGUACAAGUACUUUGAGGUGAUCUUGGUGGACCCAGCACAUGCUGCUAUCCGUAACGACCCACGGAUCAACUGGAUCUGCAACCCGGUUCACAAACACAGAGAGCUUCGUGGAUUGACAUCUGCUGGCAAGAAAUACAGAGGUCUGCGUGGUAAGGGACACUUGAACCACAAGGCACGUCCCUCGAGAAGGGCAACCUGGAAGAGGAACAACACUCUUUCCCUUCGCCGUUACCGUUGAUAACUUUAAGGGUGGCAUCUGUUGUUUUUUCUUUAGUUCUGAGCUUUUGUUUUGAUGUUGAUUUUGAACAUUCAUGUUCUUGAAAAUACUUUUCGUCCAUGUUCUUACCAGCUCAUCGGAAUUAAGGGUUGUUGACAGUGAUCCUCAACGUAUAGGAUCUAUACUAAUUUGCAUAUUAUAUGAGCGCGCAAGCUUCUUUCUUCUUCCUGCA